UCCAAAAGCACACUUAUAUCUUUCUCUGCUUCCCAAUUUUGUCCUUCUAUGGUAAUCUCUACCAUCAAUAAUAGGAGGGAUAUGAUCCCUUUAUCCGUAAUAAAAGACGACAAUGACCACACUAUGCAUUAUGCUCAAAGUUUACCUUAUGCUCAUUUACUGGAUAAAGAAGCAGAAAGUUGGUUGAACGACAUUUGCACUAAUUUAGUCAUCAGUGUAAAAGCCCAAGAUUUUCAUGGUGGAGUGUUGGCUUGGGUGAAGCGUUUAUCGAGUUAUAUGGAUAUGAAGCAUGCAAUACCACGGAAAACUAGAGCACAUUUGGCCAAGCUCCUUUAUGAAUUAGUCAUUAUGCCUGGCAUGGAUUCAGCUUUGAUAGAAUUAUGGGCGCAGAGUUUCAUGCGGCUCGUGAAACAUAGACACAGGUUAGACUCGGAAGACCUCCAACUUGAUUGGCGUCCUUUAUACAACAUGCUUGAGAAAAAAGUGUUUUCAGGAACAGGACAAAAAUUAACAUUGAGCGAAACGAAACAUUUGGGGAGCGUACUGUCUCUUAUUCGGUAUGCCAAACGUUUCUUUUCUGUUGAUACGGCGAAAGAGUUGUUGGAGGAGUUUUUACCGAAAUAUAACGCAAAUUCUAUGGCAGAUGCAGCGAAAGCACAAGGCUACCUUUUAACAUUUCUGCCAUAUGAAGAUCAUCCAAAGGAUACAUUACAUAUAGAAGACUAUCUGUCGACAAUCUUUUCUUUGUGGUCAAUGAUACCAUGCUCGCUCACAACAGACAAUGUUAUGAUGAACUAUAUAUCACGGAUUGCUGAGCAUAAUAUGGAAAAAGGAACACAAAUAGCACUCUUCACCAAGCAGCAAGUCAAAUUUAUUUUUACUUUGGGAUUACGAAUGAUGAACUUACCAGUAGGUUCUCGAGGUGAUGGGAUUAGUCCAGCUGGGGGAACUGCUGGCAGUACAAUAACUGGAUAUGGACCCGUUGCAAUCAAGAAUGACAAUAAAGCUGGCACUGCGCUUUCGUUUGGCAGAAAUGAUAAAUUUAAAGCAUUUGCUCGCUUUAUUGUUUACACCAUUAUUCCUGAUGAAAACUAUCCCAAGAAUUCAUAUACACUGUCCCGUUUGUCAGAUUUUGUGCAAGCUUCUGAGCUCUACUUUCAUCCCUCCAACCAUGGCCCUUGGUCACUUAUGCUUACUAUGUUCAUGCGUUCUUUAGCAUCCGAAUUUCUUAAGAGAUGGAGAAGAGAACAUGAGGAUGAGAAUUUGAUACCCGACAGCCGCAGGUUGACAGCUGAAAUUCGGAAACAAUUUACCAUGAUCUUGCGACCCGUAGCCUAUCUGAGCAUGUUUGGCAGAGACCCUUAUUCAAUCAGCUAUACACAAUCAACAUUAAAAUAUCUUUCAUGGCUUGAACCUUCAAUUGUGCUACCUGGUUUACUCGAGCGUAUUUAUCCUUCUUUAGAGACAUUAACAGAAACCCAUCGGACUUCCAGCGCUCUGGGGAUUUUGACGGAUAUUGCCCUUCCUUUGAUAACACGAGAGAAUUACCCUGCAGGUGGAAAACACUUACUGCCCCUAUUGCAUCUAGCUAUUCCUGGUAUAGAUAUGAAUGACCCUAGCAAAACCAUACAAUCUUUCUUAUUUAUUUCUACGGCAUUGAUGACAGUUCCGAUAAUCGAUCUAACUCAACACCAUGACGAUUACUAUCCGACGGAAGAUAAUGUAGAUGAUCUCAAUGCUAAUCUUUCUAGAGAAACAGAAGAUUAUUUUCUCAAAAUCACGACUGGGGAAUUUGAAGAAUGGCUCGCAAAAUUCAUGAAUAGAGUGUUUACUAUCUUCGAAAAUCUUCCACAAGAGAGUCGUAAAAAGCAAUCUGUAACCACCUCCGAAGCAAAGUUAAUACAAAUACUACUACAUACUUGUGAUAUAAUAUUUGGACAAUUAUCAGACGAGCUAUACGAUCUCGCCUUGAAAUUAGUAUCAGACUUUGUUACAGAUCGUGUCUUGCCCAAUGCUACACGUGCUGUCGGUCUUUUAUGUGACACUCUGACGAACAAAAACCCUCAGAAAGCUGCCAAGAUAUUCAUACCUAUUUGCAUUUCCAACAUUCAAAUUGAGUUGGAACAUGGUGCCUCAUCCAUUGUAUCCCAUGCUGAUGGCUCCAACCUCAUUCAAUCUGAUUCAACAUUCCAUUGGUAUCAGAAUAUCCUCUAUUCUGUUAUUUGUAAUAUUGGCCCCGAAAUCCUCACCUACAGAAACGAGAUAGUUUCAAUAUGCCAGUUAAUGGUUGACAAGUGCCGAAGUCGUAGGGGCAUCAUGUGGACCGGUAAAACGUUGCGUAAUAUUCUGAAUUCUAUAUUGAAUGUCUACCCCACAGAGUUUAGGAGUCUGAAUCCAGAAAUUUGGAACAACAAGGAAUUUAUGAUCCGUAAUGCGCACUCAAUGUGGGGAAAACCAGGCGAUCCAAAAAACCUCGAGAUUCAAUGGCAUGUACCCUCUGAAACGGAAAAGAACUUUGCUCUAGAAUUUUUGAAUCUGUUCCUUACUCCAUCUAUAACUCGGCUCAACGAACUAAUGAACAUUUCAGAUAUCAAUGCUGUAGAUAGCUAUCAACUUAGUAAUGAGUUAUGCAGACAUCUUGCUGUGGUUCGAAACUGUUUAAUCGGCAGCUCUAUGUUGGUGGCAGAAGACAGUAAAGUUAAUGGAGAUUGCAUAGUAACUGAUGAAGAAGAUGAAGACACUGACUUGGUCGAGGAUAUUGAUGAUGAGUUGACAGACAAUGACGACGACGAUGAUUUUGGAGAUCCUGAACCUGCAGCACCUCCCAAAAGGUUGGAGGUCGGCUAUACAUUCACUGAUCCUCAAGAUCCGCGCAUGGAGACUGCUUUGCAAUUUCGAUACUCUAUUGGAACCUUGAUUCACCAAUUAUUCGAAUUCUUUAGAGUAAAGAGGGAAACCGAUCUAGAAAAUGUAAAAAUUCUGAUUAAGAUUGCUCGUACGUUCCUUUCAGUGAGGGGUAUUGAAAAAGCACAGUUCGACUUGAGUAAAGACGGUUACAGUUACGCCAAAAAGCUUGUCCGAAACCCAUUUCUCAAAAAGUGUUAUCCCAGAAACCUUCUGGUUCGACGUGCAUAUAAUCACCAUCUCCUCAGAUUACGACAGAAUACGCAAGGCCGAACACGAACGCCGGUCCAUGACGCUAUACUACUCGAUCUGUUGCAAUUCUCCUUGAUACCUUAUGAUGAAAUACGAGCGGUUAGUCGGUCAGCAUUAACAGCCUCAGCUCGUUGCUUCCGGAAUGCAAGGGCCUUAUUUAUACCUGAGUUACUAGAAGCAUUAAACACAGGAUCCAGCAUUGACCGUAUAAAAGGUGCCCUGCAUUUGCUGACCCAUAGAUCGGUUUUGAUGGCUUGCAUUCGUGAUUGGCGUUUUGUACCAAAGUUUAUAAAAGCGUUCUGUAAUACUUACGAACAAGAUGAUGCUGUUGUACAGGAACUCAUUAGUCAUUUGUCUUUGCAGUACGCAUCCAAUUUCAGCCCAAUUUCUUUUCAGACUCUCGUGCCUGACUAUAUAGAUGAUUUACUGCGCCCUUUAUCUGCAUUAGCUCUUAACGACUCAAACUCUCAGGCGAAGAUUGAAGAAACGCUACAAAAAGUAGAAGGAAGAAAAGCACAGAUUAUCAACAAUUAUAAUCAAUUAUUGGAUUUCCUUCUCGAAUACCUGGAUGAUCAACGUAUUCAUUGGCGUUAUGCUGGUAUGGCUAGUGAGUUUGUGGAACUAUUUCUUAGGCCUGAUAUAAAGCCAACCGGGCGUUUAGCUGCUUUUGCUAAUAAAUGUGUCCUAUCUGAAAUACCUGGUAUUCGCAAAAUUGGUAUUAAUGCUACAACUCAGAUAUUGCAAUUCAUAGAACAGCGUACACUAAUAGAAGGAGAUGAAAAAUUACUCAUAACGCAAGAAAUACCGAAUCCUCUGAAAAUAGACCUACAAGUUCAUGACACAACAAACGGAGUCUUAAGUAGUAAACUAUUAAGCAGCCUGUAUAGUACAGUGAAUGCAGAAAAUUCCUCCGCUACUGUGUUUUUAGAUGACCCAGCGUUAGGGUGGUAUGUUUGGCCGGAAAAAUACACUGCAUACAAAGUUAAUCAGCAUGAAGUUCUGUUAUCAUCAUUCGAGCCUGAAUCGAGAGAUGCUUAUGAAGAAUUUGCGGCAGAAUUCAUUCGGGACGACUAUUGGGCAAAGCUAUGCUCCUAUCUGUCACAAGAGGCGGAGAAGCGAGAUAGAUUCAGCUCUGUUAAUGCACGUCUUUUCAAAUAUAUAUUUCGAACCUUUGGUGACGCCCCUCUAACGGUAGCCAAGGGGCAUAUAGAGAAACUAUGUGAAGACUUUGACCAAAAGAACUCUCAGCGUGCUGCUUCUGAAAUAUUGGCCGGUCUAAUUCGUGGAAUGAAGCAUUGGAAUCUACGGAAAUCCGAGCUUGUUUGGCAAUGGCUGGUGAUAUUAAUACAAAAAGUGUUCAAGUCUAUUACCCCUGACUCACUUGUCUAUUGGGACUCGUUUGUACGCUUUGUUUCUUACCGUCGUGACCCUCGUCGCAUUCAACCAUUGAUAGACCUCAUUGUGGAAGACACGCUGGACCCCUUGUCUGAUGCUGCUUUCAAUGAAUCUCGUAAAUUAUUGCUGACCCGCGCUCUUCUGUCAACUUUGCAAUGGCGCUCUAAACCAUUGUGUCAAAAACUACUUCUUAUUUACUUGAAUAACAUUAACCAUCCCUACAAACAAGUUCGUGAAGUCAUCGGAUCGAACAUAAAUGUAAUUCAUCAGAUAGAAUGGCUACCUGCUUUUGGGUCGGUUGAGCAGUUAUUGCUAGCUAAUAAGUCAACAGACGGCAUAGGAAAUGUGCCAAGCAGUUUAACAUAUGAACAACAAGAAAGGAUAGAUGCAAUCAACAGUAAAUUGGAUAGCUGGUUUACCGAAGUAAGGCAGAGCAAAACCCUUAUGGCUGGAUCGCGCAAUUAUGCUCACGGUAGUAAGACAGUACUUCAAUGGCUGUAUGAAGCAAGUAUUCAUUGGAGUGCAUGCGGAACGCUACCGUAUAUAAAACCAAUGUUCCUCAGAUUGUUUGAAAUGCAGGAAAUACAUGAUGAUCAAGAUCUUCAGUUAAUGGCAACGCGCGUUUUAAGCUCUGUAUCUCGUAUCAAUUAUCCACCCGCAAUGAUACCCGAUCUUAUUGACCAGUUGAUAGUUACGCUAACAACUUCUGGAAGCUGGCAUAUGCGUAUUCGUGCUCUACCUGUGCUUCAAGUUUUUUUCUUUAAACAUAUUUUCCUUCUCGAUAAACAACAUAUUGUACGUAUUAUGGAAACUGUGGGCCAAAUGUUGAUGGACAGUCAAAUUGAAGUAAGACAAUUAGCCUCAGAAACGUUAGGUGGAUUGGUCCGUUGCUCGCAAAGGGAUGCUAUUAAGAAGCUGUUAACCCAAUUUCUUGCAAAAGUCGAUGUCAGGUUACCAAAGCGAAUGCGAGAUAAGGUGACUGGUAAGAAUAUAGAACCGGAAGGAUUUGCUGAAGCUACUUUGUCAAAACAUUCGGGUGUUCUCGGUAUUUCUUGUCUGAUUGGUGCGUUCCCUUACGAAGUCCCUGAAUGGAUGCCCUCAACAUUGUGUAAACUUGCUGGUUGCAUGGCUGAACCAGCUGCAGAAAUUCAGGCUACCGUUCGUAAAACUUUUUCAGAUUUUAGAAGGACACACUCAGAUACGUGGCAUGAGGACAUGCAUAAAUUCACUUCGGACCAACUUUCUAUUCUGAGUGAUAUGCUAAUAUCACCUACUUACUACGCCUAAACACUAGAGCAGAUUUAAGAAAUCAAACACCAUAAAUAGAACGAACACCAUAUAAAUGGUUAAUAAAUAACAGCAUAGCAUUAGAAUAUGACCAUAAAUACUCAAUGAGUUACAUAACUGAAUAGUCAUAAUCUGUACUUCACUUGGCAUACUUAUAUUUAUCAUAUAUUGUGAGCAGAGAGUCACGUCUAUGGCAAAAAGUGCCCCAUUUACGGCUAUUGAGUGCCCUGUUCUGUAGAUUUCCCACUUUCAACAGCACCACUAAAAAGAUGAAAAAUUAUGUAAUGUGUGUGUUUUUAGCGUCCCUUUUUUCGGAGACCUGGCUCUUCUUUCCUCAUUAUAAAUCUCCGUUUUGAAAAAGAUUGGCAUUUUGUUCCUUUUUUAAUUC